AUGGUGAUGUCCAGUGGUUCUACUGUAGUCUACCUGAGCAGACACAUGCGUCGUAUGGUAGCAAAUGGACAGUCCCUCUCUGGUCCACGGUUCAGUGGUCAGGUGAGGGUCGCCGUCAUCUGCAUAAUACAGGGAGUCCUGUACAUGUUCUGUGCCGUCUGGAUUAUGCUGUGUUCAGGCAGAGAGCAGCGCACAUCUGGCUCAGAGCAGCUCAGUGCUGCAAAGCACCUCAAGUACAACAGUCUGAACCAGGAGGAUGAUGCUGAAGCUCAGAGCAGAAGACCAGGACUCUGGAUCAAACAACCUCUGAAGCUUCUCCUGGGCUCCUUGAUUUGCUGUACAAUACUAUACCUGAUGUCAUUUUUUGUGAUGCUCUUUUCUCAACUACUACCUGGAAAGGUUGCUCAAAUCCCAUAUGUGGUGGCGAACUGCAGUCUGACCUCUAGUAUGACCUCCUCUGUUUGGCUGAACUUCUUCUACUACACCCAGGUUGUACCUGCACGGAGAGCUCUCUUCAUCUGGAUUAAGAAGAAUAUCAAAUCCAUCAUUUACUGCAUUUGGCUUGUUGACAGACUUUACAGUGUGUUGGAUUUUACUGUCGAGUUUAUAGAGAGUUAUCGUACUGAUGGAUUUGGAUCCAGCACCAAUUUCACAACGGGUCAUGAUUUACAUUCGUCUAAAUUAUGGUUGAAUAUAUUAAUCAUUGCGGUUUGCAUGGUGAAGGCCAACUUUGUUUUCUGUCUGUGUGUUAUGGUGAUGUCCAGUGGUUCUACUGUCGUCUACCUGAGCAGACACAUGUGUCGUAUGGUAGCAAAUGGACAGUCCCUCUCUGGUCCACGGUUCAAUGGUCAGGUGAGGGUCACCGUCACCGGCAUCCUACAGGGAGUCCUGUACAUGUUCUGUGCCGUCUGGAUUAUGUACAUGUUUAUUACUGAUAACAGCUUCAUGUCCAUCGGUCUAUUUACCUAUUUAACCAUCAUCAACUUGUACAUGUCAGGCACUACGUUCAACCUGGGAGCUGGUCAGGCUGUGUUCAGGCAGAGAGCAACACACAUCUGGCUCAGAGCAGCUCAGUGCUGCAAAGCACCUCAAGUACAACAGUCUGAACCAGGAGGAUGA